AUGGUCUUCCGACUCCAGCUCGCCUCACUUUCAGACGAAGAUCACGCUCUGCUUCUUAUAGUUGCGCUCGGAUUGGUAGGUCCCUGCCAUCGUCCCCUCAAAGCGCGAGUCGUUCUCAAAGCUGACGGCUCGCAGGUAGCACAUCAAGCCUUCAAGAGACACGAGACGUUUUCCAUCUCGUUCCAUCUCUCUCUGUUACUGCUUCCUCCCGCCUUCGGGGCGACUCUGCUUGUCCCGACGUUCGCACCUCUCAACGCGAUCCUCACCUCUUUCACAUUAUAUAUAUGCGCUCUCGUAUCUUCAACGCUGGCGUAUCGCGCCUCGCCGUAUCAUCCCCUGGCUCGGUAUCCUGGCCCAAUCGUAUAUCGCCUAACAAAGUUUUACAUGGCGCGCGUCGGAUUCGGAGGGCACCAAUAUCUCCAUGUCAAGAGUCUCCACGACCGGUACGGCGAUAUCGUCAGGAUAGGCCCAAAUGAGCUGUCAUUGCGGGACCCGUCCCUCUUGAAUCCCGUAUAUGGCACCUCUGGUCUCCCGCAUGGCCCUCUAUUCGUGGGGCGCCUUCUGACGUCCACAAAUCUCCCUCUCGUCGGUAUCAUGGAUACCGAGGAACAUCUCGAACGGCGGAAGCCAUGGGCUCGCGCCUUUACUCCCGCCGCACUGAAAGAAUACCAACCUAUGGUCGCAGCACGUGCCAGGCAGCUCGUUGAGGCUCUCGGUAAGCAGGCCGGCGAGGUCGACAUCGCGAAGUGGGUCAAUUACUUUAGUUAUGACAUGAUGUCCGACAUGGCGUUCGGCGGAGGCUCAGAGCUACUUAGAGAUGGCGACGUCAACAACGUCUGGCACAUACUCGAUCACAGCUUUCCAGCUGCUACGUUCACGAGCCAUGUUCCCUGGCUCGGGCCAUACUUGGGUCGCGUUCCAUCCAUCGCUGCUGCUCAAGCACAGUUGACGGUAUACAGCCAUAAACUGGCCUUGGCCCGCAUAAAGAGGGGUUCUGACCACAAGGACAUCUUCCACUACCUGAGUGAGGAGGACCGGCCCAAUAAUCCGCAGCUCCCGCUCUCACGGCUGAUCGAUGACGGGGUGCUCGCUAUCGUUGCUGGGGCGGACACGACCUCUAGCGCACUGACGAGCAUAUUCUACUGCUUGCUCACGCACCCGGACGCGUGUCAGAAGCUGCAAGCGGAGAUCGAUCAGUUCUACCCGCCUGGCGAGGACCCUGGCGAUAUCAAGCACCACCUUGACAUGCACUACCUGACAGCCGUCAUUAACGAAGGCAUGCGCGUAUGGCCGCCCGUGCCUAGCGGUGUGCAGCGUCUCGUUCCCCACAACAGUGGAGGCGUCACCUUCGGAUCGACCUUCAUACCCGCCGGCACCGCCGUCUCCCUACACACGUACUCAAUCUUCCACGACUCGCGCAACUUCUCCCCACGCCCGUCCGACUUCUGGCCCGAGCGCUGGCUGCUCGCCGCCGGGCGCAUGUCGCGCGCUGACGCCGGGCUCGCCGCGGACGCGCCGUUCGCGCACAACGACGCCGCGUUCACGCCGUUCUCGCACGGGCCGAUGAACUGCGUAGGGAAGAACCUCGCGAUGCAGGAGAUGCGCGUCGUGCUGUGCGCGUUGCUGCAGAAGUACGAGCUGCGGCCGGGCGCGGGGUGGGACCCGCGUUCGUACAAGGAUGGGUACAGAGAUUUCUUUGUGACGACGCGCCCGCCCGUGCCCGUGCUCCUGCGUACGCGCCGUUGA